UGUUUCCAGAGCAGCACCGGGGCCGCUCCGCUCUCUGUAGCCGCGGUGAGGCUACUUCCGUUCCGCAGAGGGCGACAGGCACCAGCCAGCCGAGACCGUGGCGGAGGUCCAGACACAAUAGACUGGGUUCCGGCUCAUCUCCAAUCCAAACCGGUAUGUCGGAUGAGGAUUCCCGUGCCAGCACAAGCUCGUCUUCAUCGCCGCCUUCCUCCAGCCAAACCAGACAGAGGGACGUACUUUGCAAAAAGAAACGGGAGAGCAAAGCCAGCAUGAGCAAGACCUCCAAGCUGCUUUCCACCAGCGCCAAAAGGAUUCAGAAAGAGCUGGCUGAUAUAACUCUGGACCCUCCGCCAAACUGCAGUGCUGGCCCCAAAGGAGACAACAUCUAUGAGUGGAGGUCGACCAUCCUGGGACCACCGGGCUCCGUGUACGAGGGAGGCGUCUUCUUCCUGGACAUCGCCUUCACGCCAGACUACCCCUUCAAACCCCCCAAGGUAACCUUUCGUACGAGGAUCUAUCACUGCAACAUCAACAGUCAGGGGGUGAUCUGUCUGGACAUCCUGAAGGACAACUGGAGCCCCGCGCUCACCAUCUCCAAGGUUCUGCUGUCCAUCUGCUCCCUGCUCACAGACUGUAACCCAGCCGACCCUCUGGUUGGAAGCAUCGCCACCCAGUACACGACCAACAGAGCGGAGCAUGACCGGACAGCCAAACAGUGGACGAAGAGAUACGCCACAUAGACCGGCAGGGGACGGCGGCGGUGGUGGUUGA